AGUAAAAAGAUAUAAGAGAAAGAGUAUCAGCAUCAGCAUCAGCAUCAACAUCAACGGCAGCAGUUGCAGUAGCAGUAGCAGUAACGAAAUAAGGGGAUGAAAUAGGAAGUAGUAAUAGUAGUAGGGCUGUGAAGUAAGGGAAAAAAUGGGGUCGCGCAGGCGUAAGUUACGGACGCCGGUGUUGUACGAGACAGGGUGAAAAUGCACCCUUGCAUGGGAGUGUCAUCGGGUGCUCGUAAUUGUCAUAAAAACAUAAAUAUGCAGCCUAGAAAUGGUAUUUGUGAUAAAAUUGAAAAUUACAUAUCGGAAUUGAGUCAGUGGUCAGUAUGGAGAACAAUAAUACUUGGACAAUUUUUAUCAAUAGUUCUUUACUGGAUGACACAAUUAAAUCAUCAUAUAAACACUGUAUCUUUACCGAAGCUCAGUAUUCCAACAGGGCAAAAUCUCCCACAUUACGUAAUGCUGUGCCUGGUAUACACGACGUGGAUGUCUUGUCGAGGAACCGGGAAUGGAUUAAUUUCUGUUUUAAGAGCCCGAGGCUGGAGGUAUUUAUUACUUGCAUUUAUUGACGUCGAGGCUAACACUCUUAUAACUUCCUCUCACCAAUUCACAAGUUUGGCAAGUAUCCAGCUACUUGACUGCGUAGCUAUUCCAGUAGCUCUAGCACUUUCAUGUCUCGUUCUUGGUGUUCGAUAUCGUAUUGUUCAUAUUGUCGGUAUUUCCGUUUGUUUAAUGGGCGUUGGAUGCCUUGUUUGGGCUGGUAUUGAUGACAAUAAAGAUCUUGGAAUAAAUGGUAAAAAUCAAUUAGUAGGUGACAUGUUAUGUCUUGGAGGUGCUGUACUAUUCUCAGUGACAACUGUCCUUCAGGAAUUAGCUGUCAAAACGGUUGAUAUUAUUGAAUAUUUGGGAAUGAUUGGAUUUUUUGGAACUAUUUUGAGCUGUAUUCAAAUUGCUGUGUUAGAGAGAUUGCAAAUAGAAUCAGCGUCAUGGAGUACCGCAACGCCAGUCGUAAUAACAGCAUUAGUAUUUUAUUGUAUAACGCAGUUCGUAUUUUUUUCACUUGUACCAGUGAUUCUAUUUGAAUCUGGUGCAACUGCGUUACAACUAUUUCUUCUUACUGCUGAUUUCUUUAAUGUGCUCUUGGGUAUGCUUACACACCAAUACAAGUUCCACACGCUAUAUUUUCUCUCGUAUACAUUAACAAUGACUGGCAUAUUUAUUUACGCAAUAAAAAGGACACCAAUGUCAUCGAAUUCACGGAGACAACAACAAAUAGAAACACCGGCACCAGAUUAUAGUGACGUGAUUUUAAGACGAAUGUCACACCCAGACGGUGGGGAAGUGGAAAUGGCCACAAGUUCAGGUAUGUCUGCAGUUAGUGGACCUUUAGAAGCAAUUGAUACUAAAGUACCAUCAAUUAUUGGAAGCGAACGAGAAACGAUGGAUGCUACUAGUUUACCACUUAGUGUUAGCUCCGAUACGGCCUUUACAUCUUUCUACGGUAGCCAAUCAAAUUUGUAAAACAUUUAAAUUAAACGCAUUUAUUUAAGUUUUCACUUUUCACUUCACCGAUAAUUAAAUUCAUAAUUCAUGAUAAUUAAAUUCAUUACACUGUAAUAAAUUGGGCGUGAAUCCGUAGUGAAUAUGGAUUUUAUUUAAAUCCGAAUUCACUCCUUCGCUCAGAGUUACGGAGUUUUAAAAAUAAAUUGCUCCACAUGCGGAGUGAAUAGGGAUGUUUUUCGGGGCGGAGUAUUUUCGGAGUAACGCGGAUUUUAUUUCAAUCCACAUUCACUCCGGUCCGUAAUUUGAAUACUCAAAUAAAUUUAUAUUUAAUCAAAACAGUUGUUAAUUAGAAACCCAAUUAUUUCAAUUACUAAUUGAUUCAAAUAUUUUAAUUAAACUUGAAAUAUUAUGGUUUUAAUUUAUAAAAUGUUUCAGUAACUCAGUAAAUUAUAAUUUGAUAUGUAUAAUACAUAGUGAAAAUAUUAAGUUAUUGAAUAGCUACAGUGGCAUAGUUUUUAUAGGAAUAUUUUAUAUUUCGGUAUAAUAUGAAAUAUUAUCUCGUAGUAUGACUGAUGUAAAUCAUACGACAGUUUGUAACUCAGUGGAAUCAUAUUAUUUGUGACAAGUUUUAUUAUCAGCUGCUUAUAAUUUUUAAAAAUCAUUUCGCGUGAAUGUAUGAUGGACAGGGAGCUCGUAAUUAUUUCCGUACUCAAUAUAAAUAUCAAAUACUUAAGCUCAUUAUGUAUUAGUAAUUUUUUUUAUAAUUAAUAUUUUCCAAAACUCCCCUUCGGAGUGAAUUAAUAAAAAGUCAUCUACUCCACGUUCACUCUGCGUUUACUCCGCAAAUUUUUUACAGUGUAAUAGCACAUACUUAAUUAAAUAACAGUAAUACAUGAUUACGAGCGUAAUAUUUAGUUUGACACAAACAAAUAAGAGAUAAUAAUGACAAUUAAAUAAAAUUGAAUAUCAAUCAAAAAAUGUAUGAGAUUAAAUAAUUUGAAAACAUAAUAAUAAUAAUAAUUACAGCGUUCGUAAUGAAUGUAUCGACAAUUAUCUUAAGGGAACACGAUAUAAAAAAUAAUUAUUUAUUAUUUACAGUAGUUACUAACGAGUAUCGUUAAUUAAAUUAACGAAUUAUGAUAAUUAUAGUUGCUAAUAAUAAUAAUUAUUCUUCCUAAAUAAUUUAACGUUAGAAAAUUAAACGUUAAAUUGUGAUUAAUACGUAAACGAAUGAUGUGGGUAUUAUUAUACAUAGAAAACUAAUUAGGAAUUAUUAUAAAAACAAAAUAGAUAAUGUAAUAAUAAUUAAUUAUUAAUAUUUAAUAGUUAGAAUAAUAAUAUAAUUAUUCAAUUUUAUUGAAUUUUGUAAGAAAAGAAAAAAAACUUUCGGAGAUCUUUAAAUUUCUUAAACUAUUAUAUAUAAUUAUAUGACUAUUUAUUGAUAAUGAUAUGCAUAAACUUUUGUAGUUUAAUGAGAAAACAGUAGUAAUAAAGAAAAAUAACGAAUAAAUUUUUUUAAGUGUAAGGAACUAUGUACAAUAAUUUAUAAAUUGUGACAAUCUCACAUGUGAGACCUACAGCUCGAAAAGCCGCACAUAAUAUUUUUUAUUUAUUUAAUUAAUUUAAAUUUUGUAAUUGAAGAUCGAAAUCGAUAAUUAAUUAUAAUUAUUAUUAAUAAUGAUAAUUUGCUUUGGCUGUGCAAAGAUCUCUCAGAGUUUGAAGUUACAAAAAAAUCAAACCAAUGAUUUAUAAAUAAUAUUUUUUAAUGUGCCAAAUAUUUUUUAUAUUGUGCUUAUACUUUUUAUUAUGUUAAUUUUGAGGAAUAUCAUUUAUGUAUUUUUUAUUGUUGAUUUAUUUAAAAUGUAAUUUAAGUUUUUCAUACACUAAUGUAAUUAAAUAUAAAAACAAUGUAUUAACUGUAUAAAUAUAUGUAUUCGUGUAAUCUCUUUUAUCAAUUUUAUUUAGAUUGCUCAAAAAU